AAUGGAGGUUUCUUAGGUUUAUGGUUUAGAAGUAGUUAUUGGUGAUUAGGAUAUAAAAAUGGAAUACCUUACUGUUAUAGGAUUAAGCAAUAGCAUUAGGUAGUGCCUGGCAUAAAAUAGCAAAUUUUUUUCUUAAUCACGAUGGUCAAGGAAAAAGCAGAACUAGAACAAUGAUUGCUCUUAUUUGUCUCUUCGUUUCUAAGAAAUAAAAAUCUUAAAAUUUGAACAGCAGAUGAAUUUAAGGGGCUUUUUCAAAGGUAAUCCAACAGGAAAAGCUCAGAAAUAAAUGAAAUACGAUUAUACUAUCCAUUCUGCAUGCUAAUAAAAUGGACAUUGAUAUCAACAGUAGCUGAUGAUUUAAUUCGCUGAUUUUCGG